UACAGAUCGACGAUCUCUCCCUUGUCGUUCUCCAUGGCUGCGACUUGGUGAUGAGUGCUGCGAAAAGACGGGUUUGGGUUUGCUUUGCGGUGUCGGAGAGGGCAGGACUGGCAAAAUUUCAAGAGUCUUGAAUUUCGAUCAGUUUUGGAGUGAUUUGGUGGGUGCCGGGGUCUGUGGGCUUGUGUGCACAGACCAGAAUAGACCCCACCACAGCUCUCAAAAAGGAAGUGGACCACAGGUUGGGCCCUCAUGUGCCCAGUCAGGUGACGCCGCGCGGUCUUCGCGAUGUGACAGGCUUGGCUGAGGUGCCCCGCUGAGAAUCCAAACAAGGGCAAACCAGCAACUCUUGGGUUGCUUGCGUGGUGCCAUUGCAAACGGUGUGAUGCUUCUCGAGCCUUUAUGAUGAUGCAUAUCGCUCAUCCCAAAUGAAUACUGUCAGAAACUGCACUUUAUCUUCUUUUUUCCGACUCUUGUUGCCAUCCUGUCGACCUUCAACAUCUCCCGUCGCACCCUUCAACGCACCGGGCGCAUCUUGCCACGGGGCUUGAAGAUUCUCUUCUCCACCCAGAGGCAUGGCGCGCGACGAGUAUCUGGUCGUCAUAUCUUCUUCUCCCGAAUUUCCCUCACUUUGCGACCUUGUCCCGACGACUAAGCUGACGACACUCCGCAGCGGCAAGAAUGCUGCUACGAUCCCCGGUGAUGCGUCAACAACGUUUACGAGCGCUGCGACGAUGUGGCGGGCAGCCCAAGAUCCAGACGCAGAGGACGUUUCAGGCCCGGAGGCUGGGAUUCCAAUGCCAGCUCUGAAAGAUACUGCGCUCGACAAGUCGAAACCAAAGUCCAAACCCCGAGCGCCCACGAAAACAAGGACAAAGAAAGACCCUCCGCUUCUAGUGGCGGAUGACAGUGUAAUUCUUUUGAAAUCCUCGGGGUUGAUGUCUCGGUCUCGAAGAAAAGGGCGAAACAACCAAAGUCGGUUCGGGAGACAACACAAACAACAAUUGCUAAAGGCAAGGUGACCAAGUCAGCCACCAAGGAGAAGGUCACGAAAAGAAAGUGGAGACAGUCAGCAGGCAUUUUGCAAAGGAACCGUCAACAUCGAAACCUCCAACGACAAACUCAACAGAUGCUGUGGUACCAGUAGAAGAGGACGGACCGGUGAUUCUGGAGCCAGCUCUGCAAAGGAGAUUCGAUUGGACCCGCCACGCGAAAGCCUACCCCGACAAUUAAUACCUGUGGCUGAUUCACCGGUGGAAAGAUCAACAUGGUCAGUGGAAUCGCCAGAAGCCAAUGUCUUCAAGGCUCUUCAUGAUAAGUUCGGUCGGACGUCUGAUGAUGUGCAAUCAGUUGGCCCCGGUUCAGGGACAAGUUCACUGGAUGUGUUGGGCAAGAGAAAGCUCAUCGAGAUGGUGCAGACGGCUGCCGCGAGCAUCUCCAACAUCAAUGCGAAUGGCAAAGCCCUUGCAGAAUCCCCAGUCAAGUCAAAGGCUGUCAAGAAGAAGCCACGCACGAUCACGGAGCUGGCUACUGCAGCCUACAGAAAACAGGAAGAGCCGUCUAAGCAAGAUUCGCUCCUCGGCUACCUCGACACGUCAGAUGUGCAGACUGGGUCAUCAAGCACGGUGUUGAGAGGUAAAGGGAAGCUUGGGAAUAAACCUGCAAAGCCAAGACCAUCUAAGAAGAAGCCUGAGCCCAAAAGCCCAUCUUGCUGUCCCCAGAGAGUGCCUUGAGACAGGUGGCCCAACAGGAUUUCGUGUUUGGAACUUCAAGUCAACUUGCGAUAGAGGAUGACCCCGAUUUGCUGCGUGCGCUUCACGAGGCGAUGAAGUUGUCAAACGACACGACAGAUGACCCCUUUGCAAUUCCCAGCCCGGUGACAAGCGAUCUUGCGGUUCGCAGGAAACCUGCGCGUCUUCUCUGGGGGGUUAGCGCGCGAGAUGAGGACGGCGCUCUUCUGGACAUGGAGAUAUUGGAUUUGACCGAAUCACCUCCUCCCGCUCAUUCGCAAUCUCGUGCCAAUGACGAGGAAUCGUUGGAUGACUCUGUGCAGAUGACGGAGCAGUCUUUGCCACCACCGCCGACCAAGGCGCCAGAGCCCAUGAGGGAAGCAUCACCACCAACGCCGGGGGCGGAUGAACAAAGACAUACUGGCAAUAGUAUAUUUGACACCACCGAUUCAUCUGCAGGGACCGGGUCAGAAGCGCAUGCUCCGCCAAAGUUCCAUAUCGCCAACGCCGUGGUCGAACAAAUUCCCGAGCCGAAUGACGCAGAUUGGGAUGACUAUAUUGACUUUGACCUUCCACCAUCCAACCAAGAGCAUCACGAAUUCUUGUUGACACAGUUGAGCAGCCCACAGCUCGCGCAUUCGCCCAUCACUCCAAAUCUACAACCAGCAUCCCCAUCCAGUAAACCCACCGCCGACCCGUUUAUUCGGUUGCAAUCCGGGCCUAUGGCUCCAUCUAGACCAAAGUAUGAGCUCUUCACCGAUGCCCAGCUAGCACGAGAUAUCUCCAAGUUUGGGUUCAAACCUGUAAAGAAACGUUCAGCCAAGAUUGCGCUUCUUGACCAGUGUUGGGCAAGCAGGGUCCAGUCAGCCACAGGAGGCGCGGCUACCAGUGUGCGGACCAUAUCCACCACCACCUCCCAAGCUGCCUCCAAACCGAGCAAGGCUGCUGCGACGAUCAGUCCACGAGGUCGACCAAGGAAGAAUUCGGGCACGGCAGCACCAUCAGCUGAUUACAGUAGUCUGAAGGUCCCGGAGCUGAAGAAGCUGUUACAGGAGCGUAGCCUCAAGCAGUCAGGGAAUAAGCCAGACCUCAUCGCCCGUCUUCAAGAUUAUGAUAUGCAGAGGAAGACAUCUGCCGGUCUCGCAUCUCCACGGGGAAGGCCACGCAAAGAGACGGAAGCUCCCCGAAAAGAACCAAGCCCCGUGUGAAAAAAAUCUCCUGCAAGACGAGCUACCUCUCCAAGGUGUAGUAGAUCGCCUGCAACAACGCCACGUCGAAGUAAACCACAAGGCAGGGAUGGAGUGAUUGAGAUUCCCGACUCGGAUGCCGACUCUGAUCUAGAUGAUCCCAUACUCUCGUCCCCGCCUUCAGCUGCAAGACGUGCUCGACCAGCAGAUGAAGACAUGUUUUCUUCUCCCCUGGUAGAUCUGUCCAUCAAUGAAGAUACAGAAAUGUCUCUCAUUGUCAGUCCAACCACGGAGCAAGUCUCCGUGUUUGCAUACAUUACAAAAGCUAUCACAUCAGCACCUUCAUCCAAAGACCCCACUGACCCCUCCUGGUAUGAGAAGAUAUUGAUGUAUGAUCCGAUUAUUCUCGAGGAUUUGGCAUUGUGGCUCAAUGCAGGACAGCUGGACAAGGCAGGAUAUGAUGGGGAGGUCUCACCAGCGGAUGUCAAGCAGUGGUGUGAGAGCAAGAGUGUUUGUUGUCUGUGGCGGGUCAGCUUGCGAGGGCUGGAGAGAAAGAGGCUGUGAGGACCGAGUCGUAGUUUUUGGAGUGUUUGCGCUGUUUCAUUGUACCAUGUGUACUAUACACGAGUAUGGAUAUGAGUGAUGACUGGAAACAAUGGAUUUAUGCCUUCAAUUCUGAGUGACAGUCUGCCAGUGAUGCUGUUGAGUGUGUCAGCGGGAAUGGGCCGGAAAUAAGCGGGGCCGAAGCAAACCGAGGUUGAUAGCGCCAAAUUUCAGAAGAUCCCCUCAUCACGGUGACCGGAAACCGUUUGACGAUGAGAAUAGCGUGAGUGAGGGGGAACCUGGACGGUUCUUUUCCCCAAUUUGGAGUCUUUUUAUUUUGGUUUCUACUAAACAUGAGCUCUUUGCAUUUUGUCGUCAUAUCCAGGAGUUCUGGCUUUGCUCACUCAUUCCGGCUCUCUAACGCGACGCGCUCACUCUCACUUACAACCGUCCACUCGGUGCUCCACGCCAGCAAGAGAAGUUUCGUCACAACGUCGAGAAAUCAGGACCAAGGGCCCCUUUUUGAAAAAGCAAAAAUAAUGGACCCCAAACUGUACACCAAGUCAGCUGCACCGUCGUCGACCAAGUGGCCUGCGCCCAGUCCCAGUGCCAGCAUCCUGGUCAUCUCGCCCACCAACAAAGUAUUGCUGUUGAAGAGAGUCAAGACGGCCUCUUCUUUUGCGUCCGCGCAUGUGUUUCCUGGUGGCAACGUGGAUGAGUUUCAUGAUGGGGUGACGGCCAAGGAUGAGCACCUGGACAAUAUCGUCUAUCGAAAUGCUGCCAUCCGUGAGACUUUUGAAGAGACGGGUAUUUUGUUGAGUAAAAGCCCUGUUGAAGUCAGUGAUGAAGUGAGGGACAAGGGACGAAAGGAUGUCUACAACAGACAGAUCACUUUUGGGGAUUGGGUCAAGAACCAUGGUGGUGUGGCGGACACAGACUCCCUCAUCCCCUUCACCAGAUGGAUCACCCCACCCCCAGCCAAAAAGCGCUUCACAACCCAAAUGUAUCUCUACUUCCUCCCGUACGACUCGUUUGAUGGAAAGCUCAAGCCCAAGGUGUCGAAUACCCAUCUGAUUGGCUGGAAGGACAAGGUUAUCUCGCCUAGUGUGAUAUUUGCGCCGGGGCAGCUGUACAGGGACGAGACCGUGUUGAGUUUGGAGUCGCCUGGUCCUGAGCUUGGGGCUCAAAAGGGGAACACGAGGGGAGGGGAUGCGGAGAGGGUGGUGGUUGUUGAGUUUGAGAGGAAGAGUGGCCCGAGGGGGAUCAAGAUCGUUGACAGGGGGGAGGUGGGGAGGCUGUGGGAGGAGAAAGAGAGGAAGGGGGCGAGGAUAUGA